AUGGCAAAUGGGGAAUUUGUGCGGGAUACGAGUUCCUUUCGACGAUUUCGAAAGAUGCUAGUCGCUAUGGACAAGCAAAUUCGCGUGGACGUGGAAGCCGAGGUAGAUCACGCAAUAUGCCUCAUUGCGAUUAUCGGAUUCAAAAUUCCGGAAGCCACUAUGAGCCUUCACCAGGUUGUGAAUUUGAAAGCGCUGUUUGAAGUACGGGAUCUGAGUUGGGACACCGCUUCUGUAAUCUUUGAUCAAUGUCAACAACGGGAGCCAUUCAAGAUUUAUCGAGCAUGGCGAAAUUGUGAGCAAUGCCGCUCAAAACGACGAGUUGAAUCACCGCGCAAAAGGACGAACAGAUGCAGGGGUGUCAGUUUACAGCAGCAC